AUGAUAAUAUUAAAGGUUUCGCCAUGGAAGGGUAUUAUGAGAUUUGGAAAGAAGGGUAAACUUAGUCCUCGUUUUGUAGGACCCUUCAAAAUCAUUGAGCGUGUUGGAAAACAAGCAUAUAGAUUGGAGCUACAUGAAGAGCUCAGCGGAAUACACAAUGUCUUCCAUGUCGGGUAUCUCCGAAAAUGUCUUGGAAAAYAUGAAGAAAUGGUGCCAUUGACUGAAGUGAAGCUGGACAAAAAACUUAGAUAUGUUGAAGAACCGGAAACAAUAUUGAAUGAGAGAUCGAUGAACUUACGAAACAAGGUCGUGGAUUUGGUGCUACUAAAGUGGAAGCAUCACCGUGGACCAAAUUGGACGURGGAGAACAAGAAUGAAAUGAAGGCUAAGUAUCCGGCAUUAUUCGAGUCGUCGUGA